CUGGACAGGAAAGCUGCCUUAACAAUCCUGAGUCACAAACAAUUGCUGUCGGACGGGGAAUGUUACAGCUGAUGUUCGCAAUGACACUAAAUUCUCCUUUUGAAGGAAAUUAUUGGUCCCCCAUUUUUCUCCAAAAACAGAAAGAAUCUCUGCAAAGAAUCAGACCUUCAGGACAGAACAGAAGUGUGGAAGAGGAGUACUUUUUGCCAACAGUUUUGAGCAAAGAUUCCUGUUCUACCUGGGGAGGAGGGCAUUUUUCAACCUUUGAUAAAUACCAGUAUGACUUCACUGGGACUUGCAACUACAUCUUUGCAACUGUAUGUGAUGAGACCAGCCCAGACUUCAACAUUCAGUUCCGUCGUGGGCUGGACAAAAAAAUUGCAAGGAUCAUUAUUGAGCUUGGACCUUCUGUCGUCAUUGUGGAGAAAGGCAGCAUUUCUGUCGGGAGUGUUGGUGUCAUUCAGUUGCCUUACACCAGCAAUGGAAUCCAAAUAUCACCUUAUGGACGUAACAUCCGCCUGGUAGCCAAGCUCAUGGAGAUGGAACUGGUGGUCAUGUGGAACAAUGAUGACUACCUCAUGGUUUUGGCUGAAAAAAAGUACAUGGGGAAAACAUGUGGAAUGUGUGGGAACUACGAUGGUUAUGAAUUGAAUGAAUUUGUGCGUGAAGGUAAAUUGCUGGAUACAUAUAAAUUUGCUGCAUUACAAAAAAUGGAUGAUCCAUCAGAGAUCUGCCUGUCCGAGGAGAUACCAAUUUCCACCGUUCCUCACAAAAAAUAUGCCGUGAUCUGCUCUCAGCUACUUAAUUUGGUGUCACCAACCUGCAGUGUGCCCAAGGAUAGGUUUGUCAUUCGUUGCCAGCUCGAUAUGCAGGACUGCAGUGAGCCAGGACAAAACAAUUGCACUUGCUCUACACUGUCAGAGUAUUCCAGGCAAUGUGCUAUGUCCCACCAAAUGGUGUUCAACUGGAGAACUGAAAACUUCUGCUCUGUGGGAAAAUGUUCUGCGAACCAAAUCUAUGAGGAAUGUGGUUCUCCAUGUAUUAAAACCUGUUCCAACCCAGAGUACAGCUGUUCCAGUCACUGUACCUAUGGCUGCUUUUGUCCAGAAGGAACUGUUCUUGAUGACAUCUCAAAGAAUCGGACAUGUGUUCACAUUAGCCAGUGUCCAUGUACACUGAAUGGGAAAACAUAUGCUCCUGGUGAGACAAUGAAAGCAGCGUGUAGGACCUGUAAAUGUGUGAUGGGUCAGUGGAACUGCCAAGACUUGCCCUGUCCUGGAAGGUGUUCCCUGGAAGGAGGCUCCUUUGUUACCACAUUUGAUUCGAGGCCAUAUCGAUUCCAUGGGGUUUGCACUUACAUUCUUAUGAAGAGUUCCAGCCUGCCACACAAUGGAACCCUAAUGGCUGUUUAUGAAAAGACUGGUUAUUCUCAUUCUGAGACAUCACUUAGUGCUAUAAUUUACCAAUCUGCAAAGGACAAAAUUGUGAUUUCUCAGAAUGAUCUCCUUACUGAUGAUGAUGAACUUAAGAGGCUACCUUACAGAUCAGGAGACAUCACCGUUUUCAGACAGUCCUCCAUGUACAUUCAGAUGCAUACAAACUUUGGGCUGGAACUUGCAGUUCAGACAUCACCUGUAUUCCAGGCCUACGUGAAAGUUGGAUCACAAUUCAAAGGCAGAACGCUAGGUUUGUGUGGCAAUUACAAUGGAGACACUACAGAUGACUUCAUGACUAGCAUGGAUAUCACUGAAGGGACAGCCUCCCUGUUUGUAGAUUCCUGGAGGGCAGGAAAUUGCCAUCCUGCCUUAGAGAGAGAGACUGACCCUUGCGCUUUGAGCCAACUGAACAAAAUAUCUGCUGAGACUCAUUGCUCUAUUCUGACCAAGAAGGGUACAGUGUUUGAGAAAUGCCAUGCUGUGGUGAACCCUAUUCCUUACUACAAGAGAUGUGUCUACCAAGCCUGUAAUUAUGAAGAGACCUUUCCUUAUAUUUGUUCUGCUCUGGGAUCAUAUGCACGAGCAUGCAGUUCCAUGGGUUUAAUCCUUGAGAACUGGAGAAGCAGUAUGGACAAUUGCACCAUUAUUUGCACUGGAAAUCAAACAUUCAGCUACAACACUCAAGCAUGUGACAGGACAUGCCUCUCACUCUCCAACCGAGCCCUGGAAUGCCAUCCAGCUGAUAUUCCUAUUGAGGGCUGCCAGUGUCCUAAAGGAAUGUACCUGAACCACAAGAAUGAGUGUGUUCGUAAAUCUCAUUGUCCCUGCUACUUAGAGGACAGAAAGUACAUUCUGCCUGACCAGUCAACAAUGACUGGUGGGAUUACCUGCUACUGUGUUAAUGGGAAGCUAAGUUGCACAGGCAAACCUCAAAAUCCUGCAGAAAACUGCAAAGCUCCUAAGAAAUACAUAUCAUGUUCUGACAAUUUAGAAAACAAGUAUGGAGCUGCAUGUGCCCCUACCUGUCAGAUGCUGGCUACUGGAAUUGACUGUAUACCCACAAAGUGUGAAUCAGGCUGUGUCUGUGCUGAUGGCCUCUUUGAAAAUCUCGAUGGCAAGUGUGUGCCAGCUGAGGAAUGUCCAUGUGAAUAUGGUGGCCUUGCUUAUGAAAGAGGUGAACAAAUCCAGACUGAAUGUGAGAUCUGCACUUGCACAAAAGGCAAAUGGAAAUGCGUUCAGAAGACAAGGUGUUCCUCCACCUGUAAUCUGUAUGGAGAAGGCCACAUCACCACCUUUGAUGGACAGCGUUUUGUGUUUGAUGGCAACUGUGAAUACAUAUUAGCUAUGGAUGGCUGCAGUGUUAACAGACCCAUUUCCUCUUUCAAAAUUGUUACUGAGAAUGUCAUCUGUGGGAAAUCAGGAGUUACAUGCUCCAGAUCCAUCAGCAUUUACCUUGGGAAUCUGACAAUCAUACUGAGAGAUGAAACCUUCGCUAUUUCUGGGGAAAAUCCUGGUGUGCAGUACAAAGUGAAAAAGAAUGCACUUCACCUGAUGUUUGAUAUCAUUAUCCCAGGAAAAUACAACAUGACCCUUAUUUGGAAUAAGCACAUGAACUUCUUCAUCAAGAUCUCCAGAGAAACACAGGAAACGAUCUGUGGUUUGUGUGGAAACUAUAAUGGCAACAUGAAGGAUGACUUUGAAACUCGAAGCAAGUACGUGGCAUCAAACGAGCUGGAAUUUGUCAACUCUUGGAAAGAGAAUCCUCUCUGUGGGGAUGUGUACUUUGUAGUGGACCCCUGUAGCAAGAACCCUUAUCGUAAAGCAUGGGCAGAAAAGACAUGUUCCAUCAUCAACAGCCACGUUUUUUCUGCCUGUCACAAUAAGGUGAAUCGGAUGCCCUACUAUGAGGCCUGUGUCCGAGACUCCUGUGGGUGUGACAUUGGAGGGGACUGUCAGUGCAUGUGUGAUGCCAUCGCAGUCUAUGCCAUGGCAUGCUUGGAAAAAGGCAUCUGCAUUGACUGGAGGACCCCCGACUUCUGUCCUGUCUAUUGUGAGUAUUACAAUUCUCAUAAAAGAACAGGCAUUGAUGAUGCUUUUUCCUAUGGCUACAACGAUGACAAAUGCACCUGGCACUACAGGCCUUGUAACUGUCCAAAUCAAAACUACAAAUAUGUCAAUAUUGAAGGCUGUUACAACUGCUCUCAUGAUGAAUACUUUGACCAUGAAGAGGAAAGGUGCAUGCCAUGUGGACAAGUAAAUGUUACCACCACACCGGAACCAUCUUCACCUUCACCAGUAACAACAGUGCAGCCUAAAGUAACAAGGAGCUCUACCACAAGCACCUUACCAACAGUACCUAGUACUUCUGCAACAGCUGUAUCACCUGAGACUACAAAUCCAACAAUAACUGCAAAAAUUACAGUUCCAAGAACUUCACCCUCACAACCUCUUGUCACGAUAAAGUCAACAACUGAACAUACAACAUCAAUUUUUACCACACCAAACAUGACUACAACCAUCACUACCCCUUCCAUAACUACCUCAAUGAAAAGAACCAUAGCCACUGCACCAAAGUCUGUUCCCUCAUCACCUUCUGCCUCGUCAACUGCUGCUUCAACAGAGACAGAACGAGUAGGGGUCACCUCACCUCCCUUCAAGACCACCACCAAAAAGGAAACAGCAAUGUCCUCAAUGUCUACUCAAACCACAACUCACAGCACAACUUUCAGCCAGCCUAAACUAACAACAGCAGAGAGUGAAGGAACUGAAGCAACCACUCUGCACUACCCAGAAGUUGUCACCCACAUAAGACCAACGUUGACACAGCCUGUGCAGCACCUCGUCACACAGACACAGACCACCCCUGCCCCAUCCACCAGGAGCACCUCUGUCCCAGGAGAGACUGGCCCUGCCACCAGCCCAGAAGUCCCGCUGACAAGGACAUUUCCAAGCUCCAGCUCUUUGUCUGUCACCUCCACUUCAUCUGCUUCUUCCCUCUCCUCAACCCAGCUCAAAACAUCAUAUCCUGCCUUUACCCAUGAACACUCAACUGUGCCACACAUUGUGCCACAUCUGACAACGCACAAGACCACGGCCACCACCUCCAUCAGCAGCACCUCCAAGACCUCUGUCUCCACAGAAGUCCCUCUGGAAACAGCCUCUCCACAUCCCAGCUCUCCACCUGCCCCCAGCAGCCCACUCAGCACCCGGCUGCCGUCCACUGCCACCACUUCCACAGUCUCCUCCACAGCAGCUCCAAGCACCAGCCCCAGGCCUACACCUACAACCCUGAGGCCCAAGCCCUCUUCCCCAACAACCAGUGCUGCAAAGGAGUCUCCUGUCACAGAGUCCUCUGUGCCCACCACAGCCAAAACCAGCAUGCUGCCAUCUCCUGCUUCUUCUCCCUCCUCAACUGUGUCUUCAACAGGGCUCAGCUCUUCACCACCUGCCUUCACCCAUAAAAUGUUGACCAUGCCACACGCUGUGACACCUGUGACCACAGAGAGGACCACAGCCACCACCUCCAUCAGCAGCACCUCCAAGACCUCUGUCUCCACAGAAGUCCCUCUGGAAACAGCCUCUCCACAUCCCAGCUCUCCACCUGCCCCCAGCAGCCCACUCAGCACCCGGCUGCCGUCCACUGCCACCACUUCCACAGUCUCCUCCACAGCAGCUCCAAGCACCAGCCCCAGGCCUACACCUACAACCCUGAGGCCCAAGCCCUCUUCCCCAACAACCAGUGCUGCAAAGGAGUCUCCUGUCACAGAGUCCUCUGUGCCCACCACAGCCAAAACCAGCAUGCUGCCAUCUCCUGCUUCUUCUCCCUCCUCAACUGUGUCUUCAACAGGGCUCAGCUCCUCACCGCCUGCCUUCACCCAUAAAAUGUUGGUGGUGUCUACCGCUGUGACACCUGUGACCACAGAGAGGACCACAGCCACCACCUCCAUCAGCAGCACCUCCAAGACCUCUGUCUCCACAGAAGUCCCUCUGGAAACAGCCUCUCCACAUCCCAGCUCUCCACCUGCCCCCAGCAGCCCACUCAGCACCCGGCUGCCAUCCACUGCCACCACUUCCACAGUCUCCUCCACAGCAGCUCCAAGCACCAGCCCCAGGCCUACACCUACAACCCUGAGGCCCAAGCCCUCUUCCCCAACAACCAGUGCUGCAAAGGAGUCUCCUGUCACAGAGUCCUCUGUGCCCACCACAGCCAAAACCAGCAUGCUGCCAUCUCCUGCUUCUUCUCCCUCCUCAACUGUGUCCUCAACAGGGCUCAGCUCUUCACCACCUGCCUUCACCCAUAAAAUGUUGACCAUGCCACACGCUGUGACACCUGUGACCACAGAGAGGACCACAGCCACCACCUCCAUCAGCAGCACCUCCAAGACCUCUGUCUCCACAGAAGUCCCUCUGGAAACAGCCUCUCCACAUCCCAGCUCUCCACCUGCCCCCAGCAGCCCACUCAGCACCCGGCUGCCGUCCACUGCCACCACUUCCACAGUCUCCUCCACAGCAGCUCCAAGCACCAGCCCCAGGCCUACACCUACAACCCUGAGGCCCAAGCCCUCUUCCCCAACAACCAGUGCUGCAAAGGAGUCUCCUGUCACAGAGUCCUCUGUGCCCACCACAGCCAAAACCAGCAUGCUGCCAUCUCCUGCUUCUUCUCCCUCCUCAACUGUGUCUUCAACAGGGCUCAGCUCUUCACCGCCUGCCUUUACCCAUGAACACUCAACUGUGCCACACAUUGUGCCACAUGUGACCACACCCAAGACCACGGCCACCACCUCCAUCAGCAGCACCUCCAAGACCUCUGUCUCCACAGAAGUCCCUCUGGAAACAGCCUCUCCACAUCCCAGCUCUCCACCUGCCCCCAGCAGCCCACUCAGCACCCGGCUGCCAUCCACUGCCACCACUUCCACAGUCUCCUCCACAGCAGCUCCAAGCACCAGCCCCAGGCCUACACCUACAACCCUGAGGCCCAAGCCCUCUUCCCCAACAACCAGUGCUGCAAAGGAGUCUCCUGUCACAGAGUCCUCUGCGCCCACCACAGCCAAAACCAGCAUGCUGCCAUCUCCUGCUUCUUCUCCCUCCUCAACUGUAUCUUUAAGAGGGCUCAGCUCCUCACCGCCUGCCUCUACCCAUGGAAAGUCAACUGUGCCACACAUUGCACCACCUGUGACCAUCUCCACAGAAGCCCCUCUGGAAACCUCUCCAAAUCCCAGAUCUCUGCCUGCCCCCAGCAGCCCGCUCAGCACCCGGCUGCCAUCCACUGCCACAUCUCCAUUCUCUUCUGCCUUGGUCUCAUCCAUCAGCACAACGUCUGUGCCUACUUCCACAUUUAGAUCUGUUGAGAGCACUACACAUUCUUACUUCCAAAACACCACAUCAACUCCAUAUGGCAAAACGUCUUCAUUAGCUGUCCCUACCAGUAUCUCUACUCAGUCCAGGCCAGCGUUGAUCCCAACAGUUUUAUCUACAACUAUUACCUUUGCUCCCCAUGUUAUCACCACGGCUUCUACGGAGUCGGUUGAAAGGAGUUCCCUGCAAACAACAACACUGACCACCGCUCGAACAACAUCAUCUCCUCCUCUCACCUCUGGCCUUUCAACAUCCCUGUCCUCUGCUGUUCCAUCAACAGUGCCACACGAGCAUUGUAGAGAAGUUGAAUAUGAAGAAAAAGUAACUUACAAAGGCUGUUCCACAAAUGUCACUUUGAGCCGAUGUGAAGGAUCAUGUCCAUCUUCAACAAAGCUGGAUGUUGAGAAGAUGACGGUCACCACAGCAUGUGGCUGCUGUAGGCCACUUGAACUUCUUAAGAAGCAAUUCCAACUACCAUGCCAAGACCCAGAUAAUCCUGGAAGAAGGCUCACCACAGAAAUAAUUGUAUUUAGUGGCUGUGUGUGUAACUUUGACAGCUGCACACACUAGCCAGACCUGAUGGCUGCAGAUACCAUUUGUUGUAAUUAAACCGUGAUCACAAGUUAAUCCUGCCACAGCUCAUUGCUGGGUUCUCUCGUACUGAUUACACAGGACAUCCUUGCUGUCAGGCUGCCUGAGCAGCUGCCUGGACUACCAGUGGAGUUACCAGAUAAAUUAUUCCUGAUCAGGAGCAGGGUGGGGUACAGAGCAGAAAAGAACAGGCAUAGAAAUAAAGAAUAGGCUCAUGGAAGACAAGAAACUGCUUGGCCUUGCUCAGGGUGAUUUAUUUAACCAGAGGCUAAAACUUGGCCCAUGCAUUGGGCAGUAACAGAAAUUAAUGUUCAAAUAAAAUAGAAGGAACUGAAUUUGCUAAUUUCUUUCUCCUUAUUUGACCUGAAAAAUUAUUUUAACCAGAACUGUUUUAACUGAAGAAUAGUCUAUUAUGUUCAGUCAACUUGGAACUGUGGAAGAGCCCACUACUUCACUGGGAGAAGGGAAGUGACCCGUUCCUUGUCUUUGAGGGUGGACACAGCAUGUGUGCUCAUCAUCCACAGAUGACAGGGUUGGAAAACAAGGUGCUACAUGACCCAAAAGCGAAUGGUGAGGUUUCCCCAAGCACCCUUAGUGUGGUGGGACAUUUCUAGGAACAUAACUAACACACACAUGGAACAGCUUUGGGAUAAAGCAGGUAGCUGAGGGCUUUUCUCUGCGAGAAAUCAAAGCCCACAUGCACCUAACAGGAUACAAAUGGUUCACUCACAAGUGAUUUCUACUUGCUGCCACUAUAGACAAUCUUUACUUUGUUUGAAAGUCAUUUAAGAAAAAGAUGUAUGAUUGCACAAAAGCUCAGAGUGCUCUGUUUUCCCUUUUAGCAAAUGUAAGGGAAGAAUCUGAAGCAUACAUUUAAAGCUUAAAUGAGGUUAUUUAGCUGUUUAGAUUACUCUUCUUCUACAGUGCCAUCAACCCCGCAUGCAAUGCAGGUGUGUGCAGCCUAGCCUCAACCCUACACCACUAUUAGGAGGAGUUUACUGCACCAAAUACUGCUCAUGUACUUACUGUUGUUAAACACUCAAAGGAGAAAGAUUUUACAUCUGGGUCUUCUUAAAAAUAGAGUAUUUAUAACUUGUAACCAAACACAAACAAAAUCACUCACUGGGACAGCAGAAAUCUGUAGUCCAGGUAAGGCUCCAGUGAAUGAACCCACCAGUACUUAUAAAAUAAUCACAGCAAUUGUGUUCCACAACCAUUCCAUGAGAAUAUUUUUUACAUCUUCAUGCUCCCAGACAAAAAAAGGACAGUUUCAUCACUGUUCUAAUCAUUUAUUUAAUCUUAAUAUGUUCUUCUGAUGAAUAUAGUCUAAUAUAUAGUCUUCUAUAUGAAAAUUCUCCACUUAAUUUGACAGAACUUUGUUUUAUACAAAUAAGACAAUCACCAUAAAUGUUACAUACUGGAGUGUAGGUCAAGAAUGAACAUAUGCUACCUGUUUUGCUAUUCAGUUAUUUUCACAUGUCAAUGCCUGAAAAUACUGCACUUAAAAACAAUAACACUGUUUACUGCAGAAAUUACUUUGUCUGCUUGACAGGAUACAUCACUGGUUAAGUUAACCAUCAUUCACAAAAAAAAUAAAACCAAGUAUUUGUCUUUAAUUUGUUCACUUUUCUGCUCAUGGCUUCAUUGAGCUGACAUUUAAUACAAAGAGUGAACAGUCAUAAGCUUAACACAGUCACCACUGAAAAGACACUUUCCCUUACCCCCCCUCCUUCCCACAUUUUAAUGCACAUUUUAGCACAUUUGAACCAAAGCAAAGUGAAAUAAAGUAGUGCAGUGUCUCAAGGUGUCCUUUAAUGAGGGCACAGAACAUUUUUCAGAGGGACAGAUAUACAACAGGAUUUGGAAAAUACAAAACAGAACCUCCUCCUCUGUCUUUGCUAAGACUCCCUUUAGUUCAGCACAUCAGAUUUUAACACAGCAGCCAAGAGCAUGGUUAACAUAACAGGACUAAUAAUGAGACACAGAGCAUCAAGAGGAGAAAACAAAAGGUAUUCCAUCAGUAUUUGCCAACUGCCCAACCUGACUGCAGGAACCCC